GCGCUUUCUUCUUGGUCGCUAACCCUCGUUCCGGUCCAGUCGUCAGUCACUGGUAGAACUAGAAAUCCCCAAACCAAAGCAGCUUGAGAGGAACUCCUCUCCUCUAAGCGCCAAUUGGAGAAGAUGCUGAAGGCGAAGUCGUUUGACGGAGCCAACGUUUUCUUGUCGCGGAAACUCGUGCCUCCUGAAAUCUUCGACGCUCUUCACGACGCUCUCAAGAACAAUGGCGCCGAGGUCUUCCUUUGUUCCGAUCCUUCUCGCUCCGGCCCCGAAGAUUUCCACAUUAUCUCUUCUCCCGAUCAUGAGAAGUUUGAAGAUCUCAGAGCCAAGGGCUGUAAUUUGCUUGGUCCGCAAUGUGUGUUUUCAUGUGCGAAAGAGCAUAGGGCUCUGCCAAAACAAGGGUUCAGCUGUUGCCUUGCAAUGGAUGGUGUCAAAAUUCUGGCCUCUGGUUUUGACGUGGAUGAAAAGAGUAAGAUGGAAAAGUUAGUAACAGCAAUGGGGGGAGUAUUUCAGACUAAAGCAUCUUUGGACGUUUGCUUUGUGAUUGCAAAGAAUGUUCUUGCUGCGAAAUACAAGUGGGCUGUACACAUCUUGAAGAAACCAAUUAUUACAGUGGAUUGGUUGUAUCAGUGCUGGAAUGAGCAUCGAAUUAUUCCCCAUGAAUCAUUUAGACUCCUCCCUUUUUCUGGAUUGACUAUUUGUGUCACCAGAAUUCCAGCAGAUGAAAGGAAGGAAAUGGAAAAAGUUAUUAUACAACAUGGUGGAAAGUAUUCUGCUGAACUUACCAAGAAGUGCACACACCUUAUUUCUGAUGCUCCUGAAGGUGACAAAUAUAAGGUGGCCCGGAGAUGGGGCCACAUUCAUAUCAUUACUCGCAAAUGGUUUGAUCAGUCUGUAGCUAGAAGAGCACGUCUUAAUGAGGAGUCCUAUCCUGUUCAGGAUGGUUCUGUAUCUUCAAAUAAAAGUAUAAGAGGUGUAAAAACGCAGCUUAGCCAAGGCAAAGAUAUUGGCAAUUUGCAAUCUGCACCAUCCUCAGUGGCUACAGACACCAAUUCAACAAUGAUCCAUAGUGCUGGUUUUGUGGAUCCAGAUGUAGAAGCUACCCUCUCACAAAGGAUGUGCUCUACAUUCCCUGAUGCUCCAGCCAAUGUUAAACAGAGUGAUAGUGUAGAACCUAGUUUGCAGUCUCAAAGAAGUGAAAUAAAUCUGACAAACCUUGAUGAUUGUGUAGCUAAUGAUUCUCAAUCUGAAGACAGUGACCUCUACUUGUCAGAGUGUAGAAUAUUACUUAUUGGCUUUGAAGCUUCUGAAAUGCGCAGACUAAUUAAUAUGGUUCGUAGAGGAGGGGGCUCCCGAUAUGUUAUGUUCAAUGAUAAAUUGACACAUAUAGUAGUUGGAACUCCUUCGGAGAUUGAAAAGAAGGAGGUAAGGAGUCUGGCAGCUUUUGGUAUCAUUCAGGUGGUUAGGACCACCUGGCUUGAAGAUUGUGAUCGUAAAAAAAAAGAGAUCCAUGUUGACCAAAGACAUAUUGCACAUGAUUUACUUCUUCCUAAAGGAGCACUUACGGGAUUGACCAGUCUAAAUCAAGAUAAAGUCUCUGCUGUUCAUUCAAGCAUGCCAUCUAAUCCUUUAUCUGGUAGCGUAAGAGGUGGAAUUGGAAUGCCAUCACCAUUGGACGGAAACAAAGAAAAAAAACCAGAAAUCAACACGAGUGAUGUCAACUUUAUGGCAGCUGCAGCAAAAUCAUUGCAGCGGCGUAACGUUACUGCUGUAAAUGAUAAAAGUAAGGGUCAAGUAAGUGAUAAGAAUAAGGUUCCAAAGAGAGUACGACUUGAUUCAAGUACUCAAAAUGGGAAAAUUUCAAAUGUAUUUGCUGGUAAAAUAUUUGGAUUCUCAAGUUCCUUUCCUGAAGAGCGGAAAGGUGAAAUUGUACAAUGGAUAAAACAAGGAGGAGGUGAGGUAGUUGAUGCUUUUCUGAAGCAGAGUGUAAACUUCACAGUUGAGUGUCAUGGUGUAACACCAAAGUUAGUUUAUGCUUCCCAAACUACAUGGGUAUCAAGCCACUGGAUCCGCUCAUGUUUAGAGGAUGGAUGUUUGCUUAAUGUUAAUGAUCACAUUCUAUAUUCUCCACUCCCCUGCCGGAUUCCUUUCCCUGGAUUUGAAAACUUUCGAUUUUGUGUUUCGCAAUAUGAAGAGAAAGAUCGGCUGCUUUUGAAAAAUUUGUGCUUUGUUCUUGGAGCUAAAUUAGUAGAGACAUUGACAAAGAAGGUCACUCAUCUCAUUUGUAAAUUUGCAAGUGGACCUAAGUAUGAGGCUGCUUGUAAAUGGGGAAUACAUACAAUUACAUCUGAUUGGAUAUAUGAUUGUGUGAAGCAGAACAAACUAGUUCCUCUGAAUCAAUUUUCUCCAAAAGAAAUUACUGCUCAAGACCAAGAGGCUGGAUUGUGUACUAUGAGCCAGUUUCCUACACAAGCUGUUCGAAUGAUAUCUAGAGACGUUCCAUCCCAGUUUCCAAGUCAAUCAGAAGAGAUUAAAACAUCAUUAACUGGAAUUAUUGGCAGUAGAACUGAAAGUUUCAGAGAAGGAGCUAAACAUACUAGUGCAUUGCAUAAAAAGGCAAGGCUUUUGGAAGAUGAUGGUCAAAAGGAUCUGCUUUCUUAUGGGGUACAUCCAAGUGUUUCCAUCAACAAUGCUAAUUCCAUCAGAGAUGAUGUGUCCAAGGAUACAGAUGAAGCGUCUCAUGUUGUUCCUGAUGUAGCUGCAGCAAUUGAGGACUUGUUAGAGCAGACUAGUAAGAUUCAUGAUCAGAAGUCACCAGGGAGGACUGGUUGCGAUGAAAGUCUUUUCUCAUCCAAUUGCUCAACUCUCGGCCAAGACCAUUCAGAUACACAUUCCAUUGUUGGUUUAUCUAAACACUGGUUAAACAGGAGAAAGGAUGACAACUACAAUUCUUCUAGAGAUGGAAACAUGGGCAUGUAUGAUGGAUUUAGUGAAACACAGACCGACUCCCAGGUUGUUGGUUAUGAAGAAGAUUUGUCAGGCAGGCAAAUGCUUAUUGACAGGGUCCGUACCCGGAGUAGUAUGACUUGAGAUACUAGCUCCUGUAAAAAUGACCAAACAAAGAAAAUUGUCUUUAAAAUUACGGGAGAGUUAUCUCAUGUCUGGCAUUUGAUUCAGGUUUUUUUCUCCUUGACAUGGUAUCCCUUUGGAGAAAUGACUUUGUUCUGUAUUCACUGUCCAUCAAUGAGUUUCAAAGCAUCAAGAGAAUCCAAUUUAAGCUGCAUUUCUUAUUA